AUGGACCAGAUCUUGCAGGGUCUGGAAGGGGUCAUCUGUUAUUUGGACGACAUGCUGAUAACAGGCAAAAAGGUCAAGGAACACCAGGCCUUAAGGGCAAAUAGAGGGGUGGGUGAGGCUGAGAAGAAAGGCCAAGAUGACCACUGGAUGCUCACACCAGUCUGCAGUGCCUAUAGACUGCAGAAAGAGAGGGUGUUGAAGGUACAGGGCUAUAAUGGUAUGGGUGUGGGUUCUGGUGGCCGUAAAGGCCCACACCCCCUAUGUCUGGAGGAAGCAGAGAAUCUGGGCUCCCGAGUGGCGCAUCCCAGCGUGCAGGAUGCGCCCAAUAGCUUGUUGAUCACCGUUUUGAAUUCAAGCUAUGCCAUGACCGACCGUGGAUGGGAGUUCCCAAGAGCCAGUGUACAACUGACCAAGCGCUGCCUGGGUGGGACACUUUUUCUAAGAGCUGCUUUUGGAUGGCAUGAUUUAGAUAAUAGCGAGUAUGACUGCUGGCCAUUAGAAAAACCAGAUGAAUUUAACAUGAUAGACUGUGGAGGUCUGGAGAUGGCUUGGGUACACAGACCACCAGAGAAAAUUAUGAGUGGAGAAGAAUUCAACGUCACCUAUGCAGUAACCGCAUCUGAUGAGUUCUAUCAGUGGGCAGUAGAAAACGGUAUCUUCCCCCACAGUCAUAUACAUAAUGCAGCAGCUGCAAAAAAGUUCUGUGAAGAGCAAGACUGUCCUCCAAAUUGGAAAGAUGCAAAUGGACAGAACUGCUGUGUACAUCAUGCAAACAUACAUUCCUGUCCACUGGGGUUUAUGAAUAAAGGUGGAAUAUGUGGGCCCUGGAUCCCUGAUGAUGGCCGGAUUUUUACCCACACCCUCUCUACAGCUGGAAAAAUGACUCAAAGGAAUUGGACUGCAAAGGUGGUCCUGGUUCAUGUGGGGGUGACUUCCUUGAUUGCUCAUGUCAGGGUAGGGAUGAUGCAGGUUGCUGUGGAGGCGAAGACCACAGUCUUGCCUGCUAUAGUGUGUGGAGACGGAAUUUGUGAUGCAGAGGAGAUGUGUUCCACAUGCCCUGCUGAUUGUGGUGAAUGUCCAAUGACUGCAGCAAUCAAGGUUGCAAUAUGCCUCCCAAUUAGCUUUGUCUUCACUGGCUUCAUCCUUACAGUAGUGUGGUUUCAAUAUCAAAAACAAAAAAUGUUUUGGGAUGAGAGCUGGAUAAUUGACUUCAGUCAAAUAAAACAAGCUCACAUUGCUUGGACCACCAUGGGAAGCACCGUGAGUAUCCCAUUUGGAAACAGCGACUCCAAUGCCAGCUGUAUUACAGCUCUCAGCUCCUGCACAGGAGCUCUCAACACAUCCAGAAAACAGUACUUCACCCAGACCGGGAUAUAUGAUGCACGCACAGUAGCUAUUAAGAAAAUAAAGAAGAAAACCUUUUCUCUUACAAAAACUAUCCGGAGAGAAGUAAAGCAAGUUAGAGAGCUUGAUCAUCCAAACCUAUGCAAGUUUUUUGGUGGCUGCAUAGAGGUGCCAAAUGUAGCCAUAGUAACUGAGUACUGUCCGAAGGGGAGUCUUAAUGAUGUUCUACUAAAUGAAGAAAUUCCUCUCAACUGGGGCUUCAGAUUUUCUUUUGCUACUGAUAUUGCAAGAGGAAUGGCUUACCUUCAUCAACAGAAGAUUUGUCAUGGACGAUUAAAGUCAAUGAACUGUGUUAUUGAUGACCGUUGGGUCUGCAAACUCUCAGAUUAUGGUCUGUCAACAUACCGAAAAGAAGACUCAGAUGAAGUAAUCGGCACAUACCAACUGAGGCUGCUGCAGGUUUACAUGCCACCUGAAGCCCAGUCUCCAGAAUUUGAGCCCACGCUUGCAGCUGAUGUGUUCAGCUAUUCAAUAAUAUUACUGGAAAUAGCAACUAGAAGUGAUCCAGUUCCGGCAGAGGACAAUUCACUGGAAUGUGCUUGGUGCCCACCUUUGCCUGAAUUAAUUACUGGCAAGGCAGAGAAUAGCUGCCCCUGCCCCUCAGAGUAUGUGGAGCUGAUCCGAAGGUGUCGGGCACAUAACCAAGCCCACCGGCCUACCUUUGAUCAAAUAAAGAAGUUCUUGUAUAAAAUCAACCCAAGCAAAGUCAGCCCUGUGGACAUGAUGAUGAACUUGAUGGAAAAAUACAGCAAACAUCUGGAGGUGCUGGUAGCUGAAAGAACCCAGGACUUGAUGCAUGAGAAACAGAAAACUGAUCGUCUGUUGUACAGUAUGCUCCCCAAACAGGUAGCUGAUGAUCUAAGACAAGGAAAACCAUCACAAGCCCAAAGCUAUGCAAGUGCAACAGUAUUUUUCAGUGACAUUGUUGGCUUCACACAGCUGUCAAGCACUAGCACGCCAUAUCAAGUUGUAGAAUUCCUAAAUAAGCUUUACACAACCUUUGAUGACAUUAUAGACAACUACGAUGUUUACAAAGUUGAGACCAUUGGAGAUGCAUAUAUGGUGGUAUCAGGAGUGCCUAAGGAAAAUGGCAUCCUCCAUGCCAGUGAAAUAGCCAGCAUGGCUCUGGAUCUUAUGGCUGUCUGUAGGACUUUCAGAAUUCCUCACAAACCAAACAACCAGCUGCAGAUUCGGGCAGGCAUUCAUUCAGGUUCAGUUGUAGCUGGGGUGGUUGGAACAAAAAUGCCCCGAUACUGUUUGUUUGGUGAUACAGUAAACACAGCCUCAAGAAUGGAAUCGACAAGUGAAGCCCUGAAAAUUCAGUGCAGUUCGAGUUCUUACUAUCUCUUGGAGAAGAUAAAAGGAUAUGUGUUAACUUGUCGAGGAACACUGCAAGUAAAGGGAAAGGGAGACAUGGUUACCUACUGGCUGGAGGCGAAGCAAACAGUGCCUGUAAAUAAGGAAUCUUCACACAAAACUUCAGCUAUCCUAGAAAAUGAGAAGGACAAUUACACUGCAAUUCCAGGUGUUCUCAAUGAUGACCUUCAAAUAAACCUAGCCUAAAGUUACCUUAGAGCUUUAGUUUUAUCAUUCAGAGCACAUCCAGCCCAAUGUAUCUGUGUUACUGUCAUAGAUGGAGGCUUACUUUUACCAUUUGUAUGGAGGGAAACAAGGAUUAUCUAACCUUUGUUAUGCUUUCAAUGAAAAUAAUAAUAGAAACUUGGA